AUGUCGACGACCUCACAGGAUGCAACCGGUGUCGACCACGAUAACCUGCGACACGUCGUCAUCACGUCUACGUGUUUCGCAUUCAUUCUGUCGACUACGGCGGUAGGAUUUCGGAUUCUGUCUCGAAAAAUCAAUGGAACCGGUCUAUACUUAGAUGACUAUCUCAUGCUCUCUGCCCUGCUAUGGGAAUGGGGGAUCUCAAUCGCUGGUGUCGUCCUUCUUUACAAUGGUCUGGGAACUCACAUCGUGUAUGUGAGGCCUGAGCAGCUCACCGUUUAUUUGAAGACUCUUUUCACUGGAUCCAUUCUCUACACUCUUUGCGUCGCUUCGAUCAAACUUUCCAUCUUGAUGCUUUAUAAACGAUUAUUCCCCGUCAAGCCCAUGGACAUCGCCGUCAUGAUUGUGUCGCUGAUUAUCAUCCUCUGGGCCGCUUGCGGUAUUCUGGCGGGCUGCUUCACAUGCAUUCCAACGGAGAAGCUUUGGGAUCCCAUGAUUCCUGGUGGCUGCAUGGACCUGGGCAGGUUCUACUAUGGCCUACAGAUCCCCAACAUUGUGACCGACGCUAUCAUUUUGGUCAUGCCCAUGCACACCGUCUGGGGGUUGCCCAUCUCCAAAGCGCAAAAGACCGGUCUCUCAAUCAUUUUCAUUCUGGGCUUCCUGACUCUCAUUUUCGAUAUCGUUCGACUCAUUUCCCUAAUUGAUUUGUCAAAGGCAGGAGAUGACAUUACUUAUACCCAAGUCAACCCUAGUGUAUGGACAUGCAUCGAGCCCGCCGUAGGUAUUGUGGCAGCUUGCCUGUCGAACAUGCGUCCUUUGUUCAAGCUGGUACACCGCAAGAUCUGGAUACGCCAUGUGGGCCCGACUAAAAAUACCAGCCAGCAGGACAUUGUUGGAAGCAAUAGCGAGAAGCGCUGGACUCGGGAUAGCACUCGAGACACCCCUAGCCCGACCCUUCAUUCGCAGACAACUCACUCCCAAGAAAGCCCCGCAUGA